GGGCCUAACUAGUGAGUUCGGUCUCCAAUUGUCAGGUCUGUGAACAAUCCAUCGCGCGUUUCACGUUUCUACCGCGCAUUCAGCGUUUCCUCUCACGCCGGCAUUCUUUGACAUUUCACCUCAGUCUCCCCGGCGAUUCAGAGGGACCGGCCAGCCAGGACAGGAAAUGGAGAUAUGCCGCCUACCGGCUCAGUUCUUCACCAGGACGAAGGAUAUCUCCCACCCAAUUCGACCGCUUCCUUGCGCCAUUACUUCUCUUUCUCCUUCAAAGGCAGUUGAUUUGGUUGAGAGUCGGAUGUUUAUGCUGGGAAUGGGAUACGUGGGACAAUUCUUCGGCCAGCAACUCAAAAAUGAAGGCUGGGUUGUGAAGGGGACUUGCACUAGCUCGAGGAAGAAGAAGGAGCUCGAGGAGAAGGGGUUUGAUGCUUUUGUCCUCGAUGCUAGUGAGCCUGGGUUCUCCGUUUUGAGUUCUGUUAGUAGCUGUACUCACCUCCUUGUCUCCAUCCCUCCAGUUCCUGGUCUGGGGGAUCCGUUGUUGAAACAUGGAGAGCUUCUAAGAGGUGCUUUGGUGGAUGGAAGUCUUCAAUGGCUCUGUUACUUGUCUUCUACUGGCGUAUAUGGUGAUCAUUCAGGCGCUUGGGUCGAUGAGGACUACCCAGCAAGCCCUUCAAUCGAGCCAGCAAAAUCAAGGUUACUUGCUGAGAAUGAAUGGUUAAGUUUCGGCGAUUCACUAGGGUUAUCAACGCAAGUGCUUCGACUUGGGGGGAUCUAUGGCCCUGGCAGAAGUGCCAUCGACACAAUGAUCAAGCAGCAACCUUUGACUUCACGUCAGAAAAUGAGAUCGUCCAAGCGGUAUACAUCCAGAGUUCAUGUAGAGGACAUCUGUCAGGCCCUCCGGGCUACCAUUGAGAUGCCAUCCAUUAGGAGAAUCUACAAUGUCGUGGAUGAUGACCCGGCUCCACGAGAGGAGGUGUUUGCAUAUGCAGAGGACCUGGUCGAAAAGAAAUGGCCUGGCUUCAUCGAGCAAGCACCUCCGACCCCCAAGGAGAACAAGCCAUGUGUCUUCGGUAAGAGGAGCUCGAGAGGCGAGAAACGGGUGUCCAAUGCUCGCAUGAAGAGCGAACUGGGAGUGAAGCUUCGUCAUCCGAGUUAUAGAUCUGGACUCCUGAGCAUCACUGAGCAACUCACGUUGUAGCAACUAUCAAUUUAUGAGAUCCCUUGUGUUGAGAUGCUGGGAGACAACUAUGUCUUCAUGCUGCUGAUGUACAUAAUCAUCUGUUGAAGUGAUAAUACUAAUAUACUAUUGCUUGUUGGAUUUGAAAAUGAGGUUUUUGGGUUUUAAAAACCUUUAAAUGGUUAUUGUUGCCAGCAAUGCGAAACUCCAUGCAAUCGAAUUCGAGUUUUUAAAUAUUCGGCUUCAACUGGAGCUAUACUAGCCUCUAGUAUGAUGUUGAUGGUAAAUCGUUGCAUACUUCCGAGUUUCGACUGAGAAUCAAUCGAACAACAAAGUAAAAAAACCCUU